UACUAUUAUUUUUUAUAUUUAUAUGUUUUGUUCAUAUUUUUACUAUUUUUAUUUAGUCACUAAGAUUAUUUACUAUUUUUCUUGGCUGUAUAUUAAUGAUUCCAUCACUUAUUUUCUUUGUAGGAACAAUUAUCAAUUAGAAAACAACUAUUGUCAACAAAUGUCUGUGAUUAGCGAAUUUUUCAUAAUUUCCGAAGUAAAAUCAUGACUGAAAAUAGAUAAAUUCUACAAUGCAGAAAUUAGAACUAACGCUAGCAAUUAUAAAGCCCCACGCAAUAAAAAAUCCAGUAGCUCUUUCAUAUAUAAGAAAUGUUAUCAAAAAUAAAUUCGUUGUUAUUAGAACGAAAAGACUAUCCCUGGAUACAGAAACUGCGGGAAAAUUUUACAAGGAACAUGUUGGGAAAUUCUUUUACAACCGUUUAAUUACUUUUAUGUCCAGUGGCUGCAUAGAUCUGCAUAUAAUGGGGCAUACCGACGCCAUAAGAUUGUGGCGACACAUGCUAGGUCCCACCAGUGUGUACAAGGGCCAAUUCCAGGAACCAUACUGCCUCCGAGGAAUGUUUGGCAUCUCAGACACUAGGAAUGUGGCUCAUGGAUCAGAUUCACCGCAGUCAGCCGAAAGGGAAAUAAAGUUCUUCUUUCCUGAUUUCUCGUUCCACAACUGGCACAAUAAUGAUGAAGUGUGGUACAGAAAAGGGCCUAUUAUUUUUAACGAUCAUAUGUUCCAACAUGUACGAAAACUUUAAUUUAUUAUAGCCACCAAAGCAUGAAAUAGAUAUUUCUUAUUAUUUAAUUUAAAUAUUUUGUUUAUAUUUUGUAUAAGUGAGUUGUUAAGAUUAUUUGUAUGCAGCCUUCAAUCAACAAUAUCAUUGAUUGAAGCAUGCAGCAUUAUUUAUAUAAUGAAUAAUGUGUGUUAAGUUAUAACUAUAGUCAAAUUUGUUGAGUAGAUAAUGAAUUUCCAAUGCAAUUAAGUUUAUUAUACAUAGAAAAUAACACUAUAACAUUAAAUAUUCAUUAACCAGUUUUAUGUGGCAUAAAAAGUUAUGGUAAUAUAGAAUUCUAGGUAAAUUUGUAUCUGUAACUAAAAAUGAAUUCUUUGGGGGAUACUAUACCAUACUACAGUUUCAGAUAAACAUACUUAGCAAGUUUAAUUGAUUGAUUUACAAUAUCUUCCAAGUGUCAUUAGGUAGUACUUUGCAUGUUAUUUGGCUAUUGAAAGAUUUGUUAAAGUAGCAGCAUAAUAAAUAAAAUAUAGCACAAUAUUAAUGUUACCUUAGUUAUGUAAAAGUUAAUUUGAAUUUGAUUCAAAUUGUUACAGAAAUAUAAUUUCAUAAAAUUCAA